AUGGUUGCAAAAGUCGCGAAGAAGCCAGUUUCGAAAGGACCAACGAAAAAGCAGCCUCUAAGGUUCACUAUUGAGUGUUCUGCUGAAGUCGUCGAAAAGGAUAUCAUUGACUUUGCCUUCUUCGAGAGAUAUCUAAGGGAGCACAUUAAAGUAAAUGGCAAAGUCAAGAAUUUGGGCAAGGAUGUGCACGUGGAGCGCGAGAAGUCUACGAUUCACGUGACUUCGUCGAUUCCCUUUUCGAAAAGGUAUCUUAAAUAUCUCACGAAACGAUUUUUGAAACUCCAUAAUCUUCGUGACUACCUUCAUGUCAUCGCCACAAGCAAGGUCGCCUACCAGUUGAAGUUCUUCAACUUUGAUACGGAAGAAACGGAUGACGAGGAAUAA